AGGAGGGGCAGAGAGAAAGAGAGUGCAGGAGCAGGACAUGUUGGAGUGGUCUGAGGAGAGAGAGAAAGGAAGGAUCAGCAGAGAAUGCGGAGGCCAUGCUCUCUGCCAGAGCACCAGGUGGUUCUAGGUAAGGCCCAGAGCAGCAACUCAGUCAGGGAUGAGCGUGAGGAGCAGUAUGGAGAGCUCGGAGCGCAGGACGCAGGAGCCCAGCUCGAAGCCAGCUUUGUGGGGGGGCACACCUCAGUACGACUAUGUCUGCUUUGAGAAAUGCACCCCUUACGGGAUACCUGUGGAGGCAGGACACGAGGCCGGGGCGACCGGGGACGACCUGCGCUCCCCGGAGAACUCCCGCAGCUACCCACAGCUUUAUGGCCGAUACACAGACCAGAUAACAGAUAACAUUUCAGACAAGGAAGCAGCAAAACUCCUGAAGAAACAGGCCCAAAGGAACCAUGGAAGACCCCUGAAACGUGACAGUCAAGUACAGAUCAAAGAAGAGCACUAUUCCAAAUGUCAAGACUGUGCUAAACGCAUCCAGAAAUAUGUUACCAAGAAGCUUGGAGAGGACUGGAUUUUCUUGGUUCUCUUGGGUCUGGUCAUGGCGUUGGUGAGCUGGGGAGUGGAUUAUGCCAGUGCAAAGACCGUACAGGCCUACAAGUGGACAUACAGAGCGCUGCACCCGAAUGUCCCUCUGCAGUACGCGGUGUGGGUUGCCUUCCCACUCGGCCUUAUUCUGUUUGCGGCCAGUUUCUGCCACUUCGUCUCUCCACAGGCUGUUGGGUCUGGGAUCCCAGAGCUCAAGACCAUUAUGAGGGGAGUGGUCCUCAAGGAGUAUCUCACUCUCAAAGCUUUUGUGGCCAAAGUUGUGGCCCUCACAGCUGGGCUUGGAAGUGGCAUGCCUGUGGGGAAAGAGGGUCCUUUUGUGCAUAUUGCCAGUAUCUGUGCUGUGGUACUCAGCAAGUUCAUGUCGAUCUUCUGUGGGGUGUAUGAGCAUGCCCGUCUCUGGCUGCACUCCCUGUUCCAGAAUGCGCAUCGGCAGCUCGACCUCCCGGUGCUGGCUUGCACAGUUGGAGUCGGAUGUUGCUUCAAGGCUCCUCUUGGAGGGGUUCUUUUCAGCAUUGAGGUCACCUCCACUUACUUUGCUGUGCGCAAUUAUUGGAGAGGCUUCUUUGCAGCUACCUUUAGCGCCUUCGUCUUCCGAGUCCUUGCUGUCUGGAACAAGGAUGCAGUUACCAUCACAGCCCUGUUCAGAACAAACUUCCGUAUGGAUUUCCCCUUUGAUCUGCAAGAGCUGCCGGCAUUUGCUAUAAUAGGCAUAUGUUCUGGAUUCCUUGGAGCCUUUUUUGUUUAUCUCAAUCGCCAAGUGGUCCUGGGCAUCCGACGUCAUAAAGCUCUGAGCCAGUUUCUCACCAAAUACCGACUGGUAUACCCCGCGGUUAUAACCUUCUGUAUAGCGUCUGUGACGUUUCCUCAUGGAUUUGGGCAGUUCAUGGCAGGAGAGUUGAUGCCACGGGAAGCCAUCAGCACUCUUUUUGAUAACUAUACCUGGAUCAAACACUCUGGAGACACGCAGAUCCUAGGGAAGUCUGCUGCCUGGAUCCAUCCAAAAGUCAGCGUCUUUGUCAUCAUCCUGCUCUUCUUCCUUGUGAAGUUCUGCAUGGCUGUUAUUGCCACCACGAUGCCAAUCCCCUGUGGAGGCUUCAUGCCUGUUUUCGUACUAGGUGCUGCAUUUGGACGUCUCAUUGGGGAAAUCAUGGCAUCACUUUUUCCCAACGGGAUCCUCUUUGAUGACAUUCUUUAUCAAAUCUUACCUGGAGGGUAUGCUGUCAUUGGUGCAGCAGCUUUGACAGGAGCGGUGAGCCACACCGUCUCCACCGCUGUCAUCUGCUUCGAGCUGACGGGUCAGAUCUCUCACAUCCUGCCCAUGAUGGUGGCUGUCAUUCUUGCCAACAUGGUGGCCCAGAGUUUGCAGCCCAGCCUCUAUGACAGCAUCAUCCAGGUGAAGAAGUUGCCCUACCUGCCAGACCUGGGCUGGAAUCACAUAAGCAAAUACAAUAUCUUUGUUGAGGACAUUAUGGUCCAAGAUGUGAAAUUUGUUUCCUCCAACUGUAAAUUCCGAGACUUGCAAGCGGUACUCCAAAGCACCACAGUGAAAUCUUUGCCUUUGGUGGACUCUCCAGAGUCCAUGAUCCUCCUGGGGUCUGUGGAGCGAUCAGAACUGCAGGCUCUCCUCCAGACACACCUCAGCCCGGAGCGGCGACGGCUCCUCAACAGAGAAAUGCAGCAGAAGCUGAAUGAGGCACCCUACGAUGGACCCUGGGCAAACCUGCCAAAGCUGAAGCACGAAUCUUUUGCUUAUGUCGAUGAGGAUGAGGAUACAGAGGAGAAGGGAGAGCUGCCUCGGCCUCCAAGUCCCACUCCCAGCUACCCAGAGGAGCCAAAUGGCCCAACAAGUGCUCUUAAACAAAUGCCUGAAACCUUGGAGUCCCAGCAACACUCAGGCAGUUUCAGGAGUCUGAGGCAACUGAUCCAGCAGCUCUUGUGCCACUGCAGCCGUCCACAUGAAACAGAGAGCACCAUCCAGGAGUCAGUGGAAGUCAUUGAGACAAUGACGCCAGAAGAGAUAGAUGCUUGGGAACAGGAGGAGCUGAACAAGAACGUGUGCUUUGACAGCUGCCGCGUAGAUCCCUCCCCUUUCCAACUAGUGGAGAGAACUUCCCUGCACAAGACGCACACCUUGUUCUCCCUGCUGGGCCUCAGCCACGCCUACGUAACCAGCAUGGGGAAGCUGAGGGGAGUGUUGGCUUUGGAAGAGCUCCAGAAGGCAAUAGAGGGUUCCACCCGCUCUGGGGUUCGUCUCCGACCACCCCUUGCCAGUUUCCGUGACAUCAACCGGACUUCCACCAACACUAAGGUCGGGCAGGGCGCUCAGGCGUGGAGCCGGGAAGACGACAGCACGCUGGCAGCACAGCAAGCAGCAAACCUGGACACUGAGAGCCCUCUGCCUCCCUGCUCGCACUCCCCACAGCCCUCACACUCACAGGAAGAGGGGGAAGUCCCCAGCUCCGCUUACGCCACAGAUACUGAGCUGGAAGAGAUGGAACUGACAGGGCCAGUUGCUGAAAACAUCUCAGACAUCCUCAAGGACAUAAACCUACGCACCACUGACCUGGAUGAAGAUGAGGAUGAGGAUGAGGAUGUAGCCAUAUAGCUGGUGUGAGGGAAGCAGUCCAUCACACUCUUCAGUGAGCCAGUCUUCUUGCGUUUGCUCCUCAAAGAGAAGCUUUUGGAUGUUCCUUGCUAUCCCCACAGAGGGGUGAUUCAGCUGGGAGGAGGGACAUCAGGCUGACCCUCUCUCCUGACGCUUUCCCUCUGUGCAGACUGUUAGGCUGCUGGACUAUUCGGGCGCGUGCAGGUGUCGGAUGUGGACCGCGAGGUGCCUGAGUGCAGGCUUACGAUGCCCAGGCUCCUGCCACGGCAGAGCACACUGUAACAGGACCUGGAUACUGCUGGACACAGUCAGGAUGCUCGGGGUCAAUCCGCCACGUGGAAAGUGCAGGAGGAUCAGUUCUCACUCACCACCG